GAUGGAAGGUACUGAGGAGACUGGGAGCCUGCAACGGAGGCAGUUCACGCAGGCAGAGCCCGUCAGCGUGGGAAUAGAGGAGGUUUUCAACAUCCUGCCUCUGCAUGGUGUACUGCUGCCGGGUGAGAGCCAGCGGGUCAUGUUCACUUUCUUUGGCCACGCAAACAUCGUCGCCGGCGUCAUGGCUCUGUGCAGGGUGGAGGGAGGCCCCACCUACGAGGUUGCACUGAGUGGGGAGGCUUCCCUUAUCAACUACGUCCUGGACAACGCAGAGAUUGACUACGGCCUGCAGGGGUUUAACAAAGUUGGAGAAGCGGAGGUCACCCUGCGGAACAGUGGGAAGGUGGGAUUCACCUAUGCAGUGUUGAGCCCCAGCGUGGCCACUGCAGGCUGCCCGCGGCCCCGCGAGCCCCUGGUCCUGCCCAGCACGGGUUAUGUUGGAGCUGGCAAGGAGCAAGCGCUGAAAGUCUACUACCUGCCAGGAGUACCUGGUGGCUUCUGCAGGACUUUCCAGGUCCAAGUGGGUCACCUGGAGCCAGAAGAGAUCUCCUUAAAAGGAGAGGGUAGCUUUCCCAGGAUCUCCUUGGAGCUCCCCAGGAAUAUCAAAGGAAAUGAAAAAUAUGAGAAGGUCCUCAAGGGGGCAAAAGAGAAGAUGGAACAAGACAGCCAGAGAGAUGAAGCUGUUGUUCUGGGAGAAACUGUGGCUGCAGAGACGGCUCGAGCACCAUGUUGGAGCCUUGUCUGCAGAUGCAGAUGGAGCAGAUGCUGCUAGAGGAACAUGCCCUGGAGCAGCUGAAAGCUCUGGCCUGCGGUCCCCCAGAGGACACUGCCUUUGACCAGCGUGCUCGCUGCGGGCUUCUCAAAGCUGAGCUGCCUGAGUACAUCCUGGACUUUGGCUACGUCAUUCGUGGUAGUACCCACACUCACGUUGUGAAGAUCACCAACACCGGGCGGUUUCCUGUGUCCUUCUGCACUGGCCGAAGGGUCCUGCGUAGCACAGGUUUCCGUGUGGAGCCGGAGCACGUGAAGGACCUGCCGUGCUGUGAGACCGAGUCAUUCACAGUGCACUUUGACUCAGAAAGUGCCAACCUGCCACUGGGAGAGGUGGAUGUGCUCCUGCCCAUCAAGGUUCAGCCCUCCUGCAAGUCAGUGUUUCAUCACACCGCAACCACCACAGGAGAACAUAGCCCAGUCGGAAGGCUCAGCAUCUGCAGAGGGCAGCUCCAGGGAAGAGGCUGCAGAGGAGCCAGCCAAAGGCCUGGGAGCAGCAGGAGAUGCUCUCCAAAAGCCAGCAGAUGCCAACGAUUCCCUGGAAGCAAAUGUAGAUUUUCUUCUGCAGCCACAAGUGUGCUUGGCAGCAGGGCCAGCGACUGGACGCAGGGCUUCUGCAGGGGAGAAACACAAAGCCUAGGGACAAGCUUCCUUUUGAAAGGUGGCACCUCUGAGGUUAAACAUGCGCACUCAGCUGCUGCGAGACAGAAAAAACAUCUCAGCUGCCUUCGUCAGGAAUGUGCCUUUUGAGAGGAAUGCCCAAGCAGAGGUCCUCAGCUGUCCUGCACUGAUGGGUGCACGAGGUGAAACCUAACCACCGUCUGAAAUGGAAUGGUCAUCUCAAGCGCUUUC